UUAAAAAGGGGUGAAUCGCGUGACCGCAGCCGCACCCCUGCCUCACUGGUCAGCCGAGAAAACUUUCUUGGUCUCGAUUUGUUAUUCCGUCUUGAGGAGGUCGGCACUGCGGUCGCUCAUUCACUCGAUCAUCAGCCAGCAGCAAUGGGUUGUGCCAGCUCUACGAUGGCCCCAGGCUCAGUCCUAGAGCCCAAUUCAGCGCCAGGGUCGGCGCCACACUUCAUGUCCAGGGUGCACCCUCUCAAAGGGAUGGAGAAUGCCGACGACCUGAGCACUCAUAUUUUGCCAUUGACGCCGCCAUCAGAUGGAGGAGACACAGAAAAUCUGGACAGUGGUUACCACGGUGCAAAACGGAUGAGCCAAAUGAGCAACGACUCGAUCGAGUCGAUGAUGAUGCACAUCAUAGAAAAAGAACGAGACGCCGUUUUGUCCGAGAUCGAGUCCAUGUGUCCGCCCGAAAACAACAACAACAACGAGUUGGAAAAUCCUCCGAAGAAAAGCUACGACGAGAAGUUUUACGCGGAGAGUGCGGAGCACGAGGAUCUGAAAGCGAUGGAGCCGAUCAUGGAGACGCAGGAGGAAGAGAAAACGGAGAAUUCGGAAGCGGCUAAUGAUGAGGCGAAAGACGAGGAGCGUCUUAAUGAGACUGCAGAAGCAGAAGCGGCGACAGUCGAGCAGAGUGACGAGCGAAAUGAGGAAACCGAGUCGACAGCAGGCGAGAAUGUCGGAAAGGCGCGCCAGGAAAAGAUGGAACAGUCACCACCAACAGUCGUGGUGAACAAAGCCGAAGGAGAAGAAAACGGAGGAUCGCUGGAGGCGGCCCAGAACGACGAAGAUGGAAGUUCCGAGCUUCUCUUUGACUUGAGUGCCGAGGACGUGGAGAUGCUGGAGGCCCAGUUGCGAGAACUCUCCGUCCUCAGUCCGGAUCCUGCGGUGGCGGAAAACGCGUUGGACGCAGCCACCGCAAACAGCCAGCCGGAGGGGCCGACGGCGCAAAGUGCAAAAGAGGAAACUCGGGCCGAGGCGUAGUGAGAAUAGGGGAAUAAACGAAAAAUCCAUUAUAUAUGCGAGAAAGGGUGAAAUAAGAUUUUGUGUCACUGGGGUGUAAAUAAAAGAGGAGAUGGAGGGUUGAAAAUAAGUGAGCAGGGUUAAUUUCAGGGAGCAAAACUUAAAUAUUUGUCAAGAAAGUUUUCUUUAAAUUAAUAGUCUCAAAAAUAUUGUAAUAACAAUUGAAAAUUUCCUAAAAAACUGAAUCUGGGCUUAAUCUUUCUGAAAAAAUUAAAAAAGUAACUGUUGUUUUUCAUAUUUAAGGCCCACCGGUUUCAAUUUUAAAAUUUUUAAUUAAUUUCAACUUUUAGAAAAACAAUCGAUAAUUGCUCACAAAUGCUGCUUUUGUUAGUAGGGACCAAAUAUAUUGAAAGUUAUAAGAAAAUUUAUAGACAGAUUUUAUACGCAGGUAUAUUUUAUGGAUCUCUGGUAAGACUAA